GAGUUUGUGAUUGAGAGAUUCGCUUUACACAUAUCGUCGUGUUGGUGUUUAUUGUGUAGAACAUUCAGAAAAUUAUUUAUUGUGAAACUAUUCAAAAGUUUUAACAUGUGAGUGAUGAGUUGUACGGAAAAUGAAAGUGGCCCUUUUGUCGUGUUCUUCUUACCAGCAAUUGUCGGCUGUCUGACUAUACUUUUAGCUAGACGCUGGGCAAAUUCUCAAGUUAGCAAUACUUCAUCAACAGCCGUCUCAAGACGGCGGAAAAUUAUUAAAGACCCGCUCAUUAAGAGACCUUUGCCUCCUAUCGCUUGUAAAAUGGUUCACCCUGGAGCGAAAAAGGCCACAGGGACGAAUAAUAAGAAGUGUACAUACCCAGUUGAGGAUGAUGUAAGUGGGGGGAAACGUGUUGGCCGUCAAACUAGGGUGACUCCAAAUACAGCGCCAACAGUAACACUAGCAGAUAUCAAGCUAGCUGAAGGACCCAUACCACCGAAACACAUUCCAUUCCCACAUAUACCCCAAGAUGGACCGUUACUAUUUGAAGUACUGAUGUUUAUGUUCACACUGGCAGCAACAGGACUACAGUUUUUGAACCUGUAUAGGACCACUUGGUGGCUACCAAAUUCAUACACAAACCAGGCUAUGAAUUUCUACCUGAUCGACCCACAUUUGGUAGCUUUUAUAAUUACUUUACUAUUCAGAAGAUUAUUGUUGAGCAUUAGCUUGGUCAUUUUGAGGAUGAUGCUGCCACCGAAAUUAAUGCCACAGGCUGUGGUGGCUGCAAGAAUGUUCAUCCUUGGAGUGAUAUUAGGAGCCCUUGCCUGGUGCACGUACUUCAUCAUGCUUAAAUAUCCACUUCUCAAGAUAUUCUACUUGUGUUAUCCAGCAGUAGUAUACGUGCUCCUGUUCGGCUUCCAAUCAUCACCGUUCUUGGAGCUGAACAACUCUGAGGCCCCGCCGCUGCACUGCUGCACGCACGACCCGGGGCAGGUCAGGGCCGAAGUGGAGGUGCUCAGACACGACUUCAAUAUGAGAGUCAAGAAAAUACUCUUCAAUUCGGUGUCCGGGGCUUAUUACUCCAGCUUCAUACCUUGCUGUUUUGCGCAGCCCUACCUGUACUACGAGGUGUAUGGGGCGUCGCAGCAGAUCGCGUUUGUGUUGGGAGGACUGUUCGGUCGCUACGUGAGCCAGCUGCUCGGCUCCACCUUCUGCGACGUGCCGCAUCGAGCUGCCCUGCACCUCGGCCGCUGGGACCCUCUACCAGCUACGGACGCGAGCGGCGAGAUCCCGGAGUGGUCGGAGGACAAGCUGUGGAGCGCGGGGGCGCGGGUGCGCUGCGGCGGCGCGGGGUACGCGGCCGCCUCCCCCACGGUGGCCGCGCGACCCGGCUGCCCGGAGCACAUACGGUUUCACAGCGUCUUCAUAAACCCUUCGAAGCUACUAUGUCUGCUGUUGAGUCUGCACUUGUCAUUAAUCGUCUUACAACUAUGUUUGUUAUUCAGUUCGAUACCGUGGCAUAACUUUUUAUCGAUAGUGAUAUUACUUUUCAUCAAUUACUAUUCACUAUUCAAGAUGGUUCGAGAUUAUUUAGUCGCUUGGAAAGUGUAUAGAGCUGAAAAUAUAAUACAGGACAAAAAUAAUACAAUAUCGAUUUCUAAUUAGUAAUCAUAAAUACUAUAUUUUUUGAUUGCGCACAAAAUUUGAGAACUUGAUGGAUGUUUAAAUGUCUUUUACCAAUAACCACGUUACACUGAAAUUAUUUUGACAGGUGACAAAAUUUGCAAAUGUCAAAUAAUUAUAAAAUUGCUCAGAACAGAGAAAAAAUAAUUUGCAUAAAAACAAUUUCAAACAAAUUGUGCAGUAUAUAGUCACAUUCUUAUGUUUUAUUUUAAAAUAACUUUAUUUAUUUUAUGUAAAAAGCCGGAAGUAACCGGCCGUCGAAAAAAUAUGAUCCAAUUGAGUCGUCUCAUUGAUGUAGUUUAAUUUCAUUUGUUUUUCUGGUGUGCAUUUCCAAACAUUUUGUUUUUGGAUACAUGUUUAUUGUAAUCAAAAUUCAAAUUGGAAACAAAUGAAUUAUUUGACACGUUCACAUUAGUGAAUCUAAAAUGAUUGUGGUUGUGCUACAUGGUCCGUCGAUUUUUGGGUCGGGGAAACUGAAAAAAAUAUAUCUCGUAAAUCGUGAGUUUACGCAACUUGAAAUUUUUCAAAAAGCUUUCUAUUUAUGGGUACUAUCUACAAAAAAAUUGUGAACUUCCAAAUCGACUGACCAUAAAGGAACGUUUAGCCCUGAUUGUAUUGGCAGAAACUGUUGAACCAUCAUAUUUUUUUAUUUAAGACUGUAUGUAAUAUUGAGCUUCUAGUUAACUCUAUUUUCUAAGCACCAAGUUAUAUCAGUAUAUAUUAGAGAAAAUACAUCACAGGAAAUAGUAAAAUCUAAUGUUUAAUAAAAGAUGCAUCUUUAAUUCUAAUAAAACACAUGAAGAUUUAAAGACUGACUGACAUAAAUACAUAAGUUUGUGUAGAACCAAAACAAAUAAAUAAAUCCAUUUAGGACAAAAAUAAUUUGACCAAAGACAAAGAAACUAUAACUUAAUGGGAAAACUGUGUAUAAUAUAAAAAGGCAUUUCAGAGAUGGUCAAGCUGUGAUGAUCAGAGAUGGUGCACCAUGUUUUUGAUAAAACCACAUUGAAAUAAAUUUGCUUAGCGUAUCAUAGUGUAAUGAUAACAGUGAUGAAGAGAAGUAUUUUAAAUGCCAUGAUAAAAUUAAUAUUUUAUUUUACUGAGAACCAUAAUCUACACAUGAAUAACAUUUUGACCAUUUCAAAGAUUUUUGAGUAUCAACUUAUGAUUAAUUUUAACAAUAUUGGUAAAGGAUAUAUAAACAUCGAGUUGCAUAAUGAUUUCUGAAAGUGGCAAUUUGAAAUAAAAAAACAAUCAGAAUACACAAGCAAUCUACAUGGAUAACUUGCCAUAUUAUGUUAUGUAUUAUUUGUAAGGAGACUAUGUACUUGAACCUUGAAAAUCUCAUUAUUUCAUAGUCUAGUCAAUGGACUUGAUGUAAGUUUUAAAAUAAAUGAAUGAGUGUAU